AUGCCUAUCAGCGUCGAGUCUGACGAGUAUGAGCUCGAAUCCGCAUUAUUACUCGGCUGGGGGAGAAGUGGCCGGUCUGGCAUUGAAUGGCGAACUCAAACCUUCGCCCUGCGCUGGACAAGGCGAAAGCUAUCUGCACUGUUAACCCGCGUUCUCCUUUUCUUUGCACGCACCGUGGGUGUACUCUUCGGACUGGGAUUCAGACGCCGGGCUUCUCUCUAUUUUCGUGUCAUACUGGGCGGAAUUCUAGUGCUCAUAUGCCUCACUGGAAUAUUUUGGCCGUCAUAUACCCACCCACCGCCACACUACCAAACACUCCGAGACCGAGUUCAAAGAAGUGAAUCUUAUGGACGUGGUAAUAUUCAAAACGAGAAAAUAUUUAUCGCCGCAGUUCUUUACGAUCCAGAGGGAGUGAUUGCAAACGGAAAAUGGGGUCAUGCUCUUCUCCAGCUCAUUGAACUUCUCGGGGAGCAGAAUGUCUUCUUGAGCAUUUACGAAAACAAUAGUGGACCAGACGGCGACGAUGCCCUUCACGCUUUCGCAAAUCAAGUGACAUGCAACAAGUCAAUUGUGUCAGAGCCAGGUCUAAGUUUAGGGGCACUUCCAAGAGUGACUAUCCCAGGAGGAGAUAAACGAAUCAGGCGCAUCGAUUAUCUGGCCGAAGUUCGAAACCGUGCUUUGCAACCCCUACAGAAUAGUGAUAAGACAUACAACAAAGUCUUAUACCUAAAUGACGUUAUUUUCGACCCUGUCGAAGCCGUCCAGCUCUUGUUCUGCACCAAUGCCGACGCCAAUGGUGUUGCUCAGUACCGAGCCGCAUGUGCAGUGGACUUCAGUAACGCUUUCAAAUUUUACGACACAUACGCGACUCGUGACCUGGAAGGCUAUGGCAUUGGUCUUCCCUUUUAUCCCUGGUUUACUACCGCGGGAAGCGCACAGAGUCGACAAGAUGUACUGGAGGGCAGGGAUUCCGUGCGUGUACGCAGCUGUUGGGGCGGUAUGGUUGCAUUCGAUGCCAGAUAUUUCCAAGGGCGAGAUUCUAUUGAAUUUCGUGCAGAUUCCGAGAUGUUUUGGGAUGCAUCUGAGUGCUGUAUCAUUCAUGCAGAUAUACAGAGCGCAGCACCGGUCACGGAGGAAUCUCGCAAUUUGGGAUCAUACAUGAAUCCCUUCAUCCGGGUUGCUUAUGACGGAAGAAGCCACUCGUGGCUUUGGCUCACUCGGCGUUUUGAGAAGUUAUACUCACUUCCUCAUAACAUUUUGAACCAUCUAGUCGGUUUUCCUCGAUACAAUCCUCGUCGCACCGAGACUUUUGGUCAAAUGCUCAUGAGCCCUCUUUGGGUACCGGGUGAUGGUGAAGGAGAUCAGGGUGAGGUGCGGACUAUAGAGCGUGAAGCUGGAAAUAACGGCUUUUGUGGACGACGGGGACUCGAAGUCUUGGUUGAAGAUAGAUUGCCGGAUCAAGAUGGAUUUGAGCCCAUUCGGGUCCCAACCGGGUUGCUUUGA